UGCGUUCGGCGGCCGGUUCUCACCUCUCUGUGAUGUGGCGCAUUGGCAUUGCACGAGUGGUUUUUCAUUUUUGCCUGUGAAGCUUUUUGAAAUGCUCUGUGAACGGUAGCAGCGCUGUCUUCGGCGCUAAGCGCAGUGCACCUGCUGAUCCAACGCGCUGAUAAGAAUGGCGCCUCCGCGGACUGUUGGAAAGAGAAGUCAACAUCAGCGGAGAGGGAAUUUCGUCCUUUCUAGGCACCUGCGAGCCACGUUCAACUGCAUCAUGAACGACCUCCGCAAUUUCAGCUUGUGGCAGUUUGUGAACGAUCCGGGAAUUGUUUACCUAGUGGUGCCGUUUCUUUUAAUCAUUGAAUUUAUCGUGAACAUCACAGUUAUCGGCAGGGUACCGUACACCGAAAUUGACUGGAGAGCUUAUAUGCAAGAAGUGGAAGGAGUGCUGAAUGGCACUUACGACUACGCUCGUCUUAAAGGGGACACAGGACCACUUGUGUAUCCUGCAGGCUUUGUAUACAUCUUCGUGGCUCUGUACUACAUCACUGGCCAUGGGACAAACAUUCUGCUCGCCCAGUAUCUGUACGCGGGCCUCUACCUCUUCACCCUGUGCCUCGUAUUCAGUUUAUACAACAAGACUUGCAAGGUGCUCCAUCACUCUGCAUGUAUAAACAUUCUCAAUUUAACCUAGGCAGUUCACGCACCUUUGAGCAUUUCUUAUUUCACUGUUUCUGAAUGCCUCCUUCAUAACAUGGUUGUUAUUUUGAUUAACCCUUUACAGACUGAAACCCUUUCCCACCUUC